CGUUUUCGUCACGUACCAUACAUACUUCUUUCCUAAAAGGGCGGCCAGUGUUCAACUUUUGUCCAGACACCGCUCAGUGUGACCGGUGUUUGUGUUGCUUUUAAAUCCAGUUCGUCAUGUCGGAUACAUGGAGCAACAUCCAGGCACACAAGAAGCAGCUGGACUCCCUGCGGGAGAGACUGCAGCGGCGGCGGAAGGACCCCGCUCAGCUGUCCGCGGAUGGUGGAGGCAGCACAGACAGUUCCACAGCCAGGAGUGACAGUCCAGCUCCGUCAACUCCGUUCACCUCUCAGGAGGAGACAGAAAAACCGCCGGACCCUGAACUAGAGAAGAGGCUGCUGGGAUAUCUUUCUGACCUGAGUCUUUCAAUGCCAACAGACUCCCUUGCCAUCACAAAUGAACUCAGCAGUUCAGAAACAGCCGUCACUCAUGGAUGCAUCCAGAGUCUGCUGCUCAAAUUCUCCGCUCAGGAGCUCAUCGAGGUCCGACAGCCUUCCUCCACUUCUUCUUCUACAACCUCCUCCACUUCUUCCACAAUCGUCGUAGCCGUGGACCACACAAAACUAUGGGCUAUGAUCGGGUCUGCGGCUGGAGCCCAAAGAACUGGAGUCAAGAGAAAAGCAGAAGACCAAACCCACAGCAAAAGAGCUGCAGGCUUUUCUCCUUCCCUUCAGAGCUCUGCUUCUCCUCCACACUCAUCCUCCACCACCUCCCUUACACCAGCUUCCUCCUCACACCUGGCAGGGCCUUUGGCGUCAGGGAGCGGGGCUGACAAGAAGGGCAGGAGCAGCAAAAGCCAGUCGUCUCAUGUGGACAUGGAGAUCGAAAGCCUCCUGAACCAACAGUCCACCAAGGAGCAGCAGAGCAAGAAGGUGAGCAGAGAGAUUCUGGAGCUGCUGAAUGCCAGCACAGCCAAGGAGCAGUCCAUUGUCGAAAAGUUCCGCUCUCGUGGUCGAGCUCAGGUCCAAGAGUUCUGCGAUCACGGGACCAAGGAGGAGUGUGUUCGCUCUGGAGACACACCUCAGCCGUGCACUAAGUUACACUUUCGUCGUAUCAUCAACAAGCACACGGACGAGAGUCUUGGCGACUGCUCCUUUCUCAACACGUGUUUCCACAUGGACACCUGUAAAUACGUCCACUAUGAGAUCGACAGCCCUCCAGAGGCCGAGGGCAGCCUGCUGGGGCCUCAGGCAGGGACCACAGAGCUCGGCCUCCACGCAGGGGACGCAGACAGCAACGUGGGAAAACUCUUCCCUUCACAGUGGAUCUGCUGUGAUAUCCGCUACUUGGACGUGUCCAUCCUGGGUAAAUUUGCAGUGGUGAUGGCUGACCCUCCUUGGGACAUCCACAUGGAGCUGCCCUAUGGUACUCUGACUGAUGAUGAGAUGAGAAAACUUAACAUUCCCAUUCUACAGGACGACGGUUUCCUCUUCCUGUGGGUCACUGGCAGGGCGAUGGAGUUGGGCAGAGAGUGUCUCAGCCUUUGGGGCUAUGAGCGUGUUGAUGAAAUCAUCUGGGUUAAAACCAACCAGCUUCAGAGAAUCAUCCGCACCGGCAGGACGGGUCAUUGGCUGAAUCACGGGAAGGAGCACUGCCUGGUGGGUGUAAAGGGAAACCCGCAGGGCUUCAACAGGGGUCUGGACUGUGAUGUCAUUGUGGCCGAGGUCCGCUCCACCAGUCACAAACCAGAUGAGAUCUACGGCAUGAUAGAAAGACUCUCACCCGGCACCAGGAAGAUUGAGCUCUUCGGUCGACCCCACAACGUCCAGCCCAACUGGAUAACUCUUGGAAACCAGCUGGAUGGCAUUCAUCUGCUGGAUCCUGAGGUUGUAGCUCGAUUUAAGAAGCGUUAUCCAGACGGCGUCAUCUCCAAACCCAAAAACAUGCAGUGAUGACAUCAUUAGUGUUCUGCAGGAGUUUGUUUGUAGAUUGUUUUUAUUUUGUUUUUUAUAUACCUGUGAACAUUUUUUAAAAUAAAUAUUGUCAACAAAAUCCACUAUCACUGAAGAAAUAGUGGUUUUCACUAAA